AUGCAGAUGAUGCAGCGUCUCGAGACCGGUAACGCCCGCGAGCGUGAGAUCGACAUGCUCCAGGAGCUCACCAAGCAGGUCGAGGGUCACACCAUUUGCGCUCUGGGUGAGGCCUUCGCCUGGCCCAUCCAGGGUCUGAUCCGCCACUUCCGUCCCGAGUUGGAGGCUCGCAUCCGCGAGUACCAGAAGGAGCUUGGCGCUUCCCCCUACGCCGGUGGCUGGCACCCCAACAGCCGUGCUGAGGGCAAGCUGAUCUCCCCUGGCAUGUAA